UAUAAAUAAAGAGCCAUCAGUAUUUUUUUACACGAGGUGCUACUCGGAUGGUUUCCAUGAACGGAGCGAGAUAGAAAUGCUACGCAUUGUUGUGAGUGUAUCUCAAGGAGCAAGCAACAUUGGCACUCAUGAAGAGAUUCUACCAAAAAGUGCUCCAACUAGUAUCUAAUGUGUCGUUGGUUUUGUAUUUUGGCGCAUUGACAAUCUUAGCUUGGACUUGGAUGACAACGUCUAAUAGCAGCAUGAUGACUAAGAGGGAUUGGGGAACGUUUGACUACCUCUUCAAUGACAUCCCUGAAAAUGUUAGUGCCUUCCUCGACACUAGUGCACACGACAUUGAGGUCCUAGACAAGGCUGUCUACGUUCAGGGUCAACUCAUUUUCGCCAUUGAAGCUGCACCAAAGCAAUCCGUCCUCCCCAAAAGUGGCAAGGGCGUCCUGUUACUCCAUGGAUGGCGUUCCUUUUCGGAGACUUGGUACAGCCGGCUCAAAACCUUGCAACUCUUGGCUCUCCUUGGACAUAGGGCUGUUGCUGUGGAUCUUCCAGGUUUGGGAAAAUCGUCCAAAACGGGGUUUCCACGGGAUCUGCCCAAAUUUCUCAAUCACCUUCUGGUGGUGCUCUUCAAUGGAACAAAGGCAGUUGUCGUGUCUCCGUCUUACUCUGGAACGUUUUCAAUCCCUCUUUUGACCCAAGAACCUGACCUAUUUUGCGGGUUUGUCCCAAUGUCACCGAUCAUUGAUAUUGAUUUGGAUGGCAAAAGUGUCAAGUCCAUUCAGGUUCCCACCCUGAUCAUUGUGAGUGACCUAGAUUCUCCAACGGAGAAGGAAUCCAUCGCGGUUUUGAAAGCCAUCCCAACCUCGACGGAAGCCUUGGUUUUAGAGGCCACUGAGGGAUCAUUUCCAAAGGAUCCCAAUGUAUUCCAUACGGCGUUGUACAACUUCAUCGAAGUUUUGAAUUGUGACUAAUUACUCAUGGUCUGCGACAAAGGUUUUGACAGAAAUAUAAAUAUAUUGACUUCAA